AAAAAAAUGAAACUUCGACAAGAGCAAUAGCGACUUUUUUUUUGGCAUGUUUUAUUUGGCUUCACUAAUAAUCACUUUAUUGCGUCAUUUAGUUUACGAAAGGGAUUCUAUGAAUCACUAUUAAAAAGGGGAGAAGAUGACUAUUAACGGAAUUUGAGAGUGUCGAAUUUUGUUUUUCUAAGAAAAUAAUUACACAGAUUAUUCUUAAAGAAAUACAGCGAUUUCAUUGGCUGAAAAAUAAACAUGAUAAAUCCUGGACACUUAACUACAAAUGUAAAAUGAAUAUCGCGAUUUGAAUUUUUAGAUUAAAUAAACCUAUCUUUGUGAAUAAGGAUUUUUGUGCGUAUAUAUAUUUAAAGGGCAUGCGAACCAGAGAGGGAAAUAUGUCGGCCAGUGACUGUAUUGUCAUCUUUAUGUUAGUUGUUUCAUGUCAAGGCCAGGGAGCUAUUCUCAACAACAGUGUCCUGUGGGUAGCACGUGAUGGUCAUCUCUAUUUUAGUACACGACUACAGGAGUGGACAGAGGCCAAAAUCACCCCGCUGGAAUUUGGGCAGUCAAUUCACAGUGUUGACAUUGAAGGCGCAAAUCCAAGUCAUGGCAUUGCCGUGGAUAUACCAACUCGACAUCUUGUUACCAUUAACUCCGAAAAGGACUUUUAUGCGAUUGCACUCUUUGAUCUUGAAGUUUAUAGGAUAACAUACUUUCAUGUAGGUAUCUCUAAAGACAUUGGACAUCUUGCGAUAGACUGGUUAGGUCGGAACGUGUAUUGGACGGACGCAGGUUUCGGUUGGAUAGCUAUGAAACAUUUACCAGAGAACAUUAAUCAAAUAAAUUCAGCUGAUCAAAAUUUCAGGGUUGUUGUGGACGAGUUCAUAGAGAAGCCUACAGGGAUAGUUGUACACCCGGAAAGAUACUUUUUGUUUUGGACUGACACCGGCCAUACUCCAAAAAUAGAAAGGUCUAAUCUGAUUGGUCAGGAAAGAAAAACAAUCAUUUGGCAGAGUAUUAUCACGCCUACAACGCUAUGUAUUGACCAAUCAGCGGAAAGAUUGUAUUGGAGUGACCCAGAAAGAAGAACUAUUGAAUAUUCAGAUUUUGAUGGAAAUGGCAGACGAAUACUUGUGUCGCAUCCAGAACUAAACUACUAUGGAAUUGCAGUAUUUCGGGAUUCACUCAUAUAUACAGUGCCAAAUUUUAAUAGAACGGGGUACGUUUCGCUGAAAGAAAAUAAUGAAGGCGAACAUAUACAAGCCAGUAUAGAAAUUGAAAAGACCAAACUUUUCGAUGUGAUGGCAUAUGCAUCAGAAAUUCAGGAAGAACCGACAGAUGCAUUGUGUAAGAAAGUAAAUGAAUGUGAUCAAAUAUGUCUACAUAUGGAGAUGGAUGCUGGAUUCACGUGCCUCUGUAGUGAUGGUUAUGACCUCAUUUCCGGCCGUAAUUGUACAGUUGAUGAAAAAGUGUUGGAGAGACAUAUUUUGUUUACAAAUGACAAAAGCAUAUGCGCCGUUCCUGUAUCUGUACUUAGCCUUGGGAGCUCUGUUGCAGCUAUCUUUUCUAUACAUUGUGAUCUGGUGCAAAGUGAUAGCUACGUUACUAGGUGUACCUGAAUUAACUUUAUUAUA